CCGGAACCCAGGGAGCGGGCGGGACCGCGGCGUUGCGCGGCUGGGAGCCGACCCUGAGCUCGUCCCGCGUGGGAAGAGCCGAGCUCAGGGGGCUCCAGAGCCAGAGGCGGAGGAGUGAAGUGAGGGCUGAGUGGGCGGAAGAGAGCCUGGGCGGAGACAUGGCCACUUAUCGCCCAGCAGGACACAUGCAACUGCCUCGAGCCGAUGCCAUUCGUUCCCGUCUCAUUGAUACUUUCUCUCUCAUCGAGCAUCUGCAAGGCUUGAGCCAAGCUGUGCCACGGCACACUAUCCGAGAGAUACUUGAUCCUACCCAUCAGAAGAAUCUUAUGCUAGGAGACCAACACCAGCUUGUGCGCUUCUCCAUAAAGCCUCGUCGUGUAGAACAGAUUACAGACUCCCAGAGGCUGAUGAGCACCCUUCGAGUGCGCUGCAGCCAGAGGCCACCUCUUUCCUUGUGGGCUGGAUGGGUCCUUAAGUGUCCUUUCUUCACAAACUUCAUCAUCUUCCUCAUCUUUUUGAAUACGAUUGUACUGAUGGUUGAAAUAGAAGUGCUAGAAUCCUCAAAUACUCAGUUGUGGCCACUGAAGCUGACUCUGGAAGUGGCAACUUGGUUCAUCUUGUUUACUUUCAUCUUUGAGAUCCUUCUUAUGUGGCUAUCCAGCUUUUCCCUCUUCUGGAAGAAUGCCUGGAAUGUCUUUGACUUUGUUGUCACCAUACUGUCCCUGCUUCCUGAGGUUGUGUUGCUGGUAGGGGUAACAAGCCAAUCCAUAUGGCUCCGGUUGCUGAGGAUCUGCCGGGUGCUGAGGUCUCUUAAACUCUUUGCACGAUUCCGUCAAGUUCGAGUCAUUAUCUUGGCCCUGGUCAGGGCCCUCAAGAGCAUGACCUUCCUCUUGAUGUUGCUGCUCAUAUUCUUCUACAUUUUUGCUGUGGCUGGUGUCUACUUCUUCGAGAAUUACACCCGUUCAACUCGCCAGGACCUGGAGUACCACAUGUUCUUCUCGGACCUGCUGAAUUCCCUAGUAACGGUGUUCAUCCUCUUCACCAUGGAUCACUGGUAUGCACUGCUUCAGGAUACCUGGAAGGUGCCUGAAGUGAGCCGCGUUUUCAGCAGUAUCUAUGUCAUCCUCUUGUUGUUACUUGGUUCCAUCGUCUUUCGAAAUAUCAUAGUAUCCAUGAUGGUUACUAACUUCCAGAAUAUCAGGAAUGAGCUGAACGAAGAGAAGACACACCUGGAGGUUCAGCACAAAGCUGACAUAUUCAAGUGGCAGAUUAUCCAGAGGAGACAAAACCUAGCCCCUGAGGCACAGAAGUCAAGCAUUGUCAAAACGGAUGCCAGAGAUGCCAGUCAAGAAGGGAAAUCCUUGAACUUAACAGAAGCUUCUGAAGAAGAGUCUAAACACAGUGCCACUAAAGAGGGUUCAAGAGAAUCUAAGUCAAAAACAAAGAAGUCAGAAGUGAAAAAGUCUGCCUCUUCCCCCUCCUGUUCAUCCUCCAACUAUUCCUCUCCUUAUGAGUCCAUAUAUUUGGACCCUAUUGGUCAGUUGGACUGGGAGACUCAUGUGCACCAGAAUCUGCCUGGGUUAAUGGAUAUGGAUCAGGAUGAACGUGUUGUUUGGCCUAGAGAUUCACUCUUCCGAUAUUUUGAGUUGCUGGAAAAGCUUCAGUAUAACCUAGAGGAGCGUAAGCGGUUGCAGGAAUUUGCAGGUAUGGAUUUAGGACAGUCAUGGAGACCUGGAGUUAAAUCCUUUUGGAGUAGCCUACGUAACUGAGGAGAAGGAGGGUGUUCACUAUUUUGGCAUCUCAGCCUCUGAAUUUCCACCUCACACCUAAAAAAGGCAAAUUCAUGAUUUGAUAUGUCACAUUCUGGGCCUGUGUCAUGAUUUCUUCCGACCUUGUGAGGACCUGGCAACUCUGCUUCUCUAGAAGGGGACAGCUAAAUCCUAUGAAGUCUGAGAGCUUGUUUCCCAAGAGGAGAGUAUCCAAAUCCAGCUGUUGGGGAUUAGGACAAGGCAGGCUGUCACUCUGUUUGGGCAGCCUGCCCCCCUUUUGUACAUGUUUCUUCCCUUUGAAGGUCACAUUUCUGACCUGAGCAGUAAGGACCUCAGGUUCAAGUUAGGUAGGUAUGGGGAUUGGACAGUGAGCAGAAAGUCCACUAGAGCCUGCUGCUCUCAACCCCUAAAAGAGAUUUACAGACUACACUUCCUUUCAGUCCCUUCUAGUAGCCUAUGGAGAGACAUAUGUGUGAUUUAAAUAGUAGAAUUUGAUUUAACCUGAGAACUACCUGCUCAAAAUUAUUUUCCCUAAAUUUCUCACUUAAAAUUGCACCACUUGGAGAUUAAUUUGGAUGAAUGAAUUUCCCCCCUAAAAAAUACAAAAGGGACUUUUUUUCAAUAUAAUAAAGAUUAGUGUUAUUCUCAUACCUAGUUGAAAUCAACCCAAAGUGAAAGUAACAAUGGAGGAAGAAGAAUAUGUGUGUGUCGUGGGCACAGGAGAGCAAUAAGAGGAAUUUAUAACAUUGGAACAUGGAAGUUAGAGCAGGAUGUCAGAGGGGCUUUGCCUACUUCAAAAUGUUGCAUCGUUAUCCUGCUCUUUCCAAUUUUCCUCAGCCCUGCCUUCUCAUUUGUUCUGGGAGAACAGGGUGAAAGGGUGGAGAGCACGAUGGCCUCUUUAACUGUGAUUAAUUCAUCUUUGGCAAAGAGGGCAGACUUAUGUGGCUUAAUUUAAAGUUGAGAUGAGUAAAGAUUUGAAUGGGAACCUAGAACCCAGAAAAGCAGGGUCUUCACCAGACAUUUGUAUAUUCGGAAUAGUCUCAGCUCUCCAGCCUCACGGUCUGUUUCUUUACAGUGCAGGCACUGAUGAACUUUGAAGACAAGUAAAAAGCCCACAAUGGAUGGCUUCGAUAUCUUUGGCAAAAAUUAAUGAAGGGAUUAGUUGGAAAUGGAGAAUUCAAAGUAUAAAUGUCUAAUAAAUACUGCUGAUAAUUUGU